CCGGCGAUUUCGAUCUUCUCAAAGAUUCGGUAUCCUGUCCUUCUUGUCGCUGCCAUCAUGGCAGCAUCGUCACCGUCGUCGUCGUCACGACCCUCACCGUCGUCACGGUCGUCCUUCUUUCCAACACCUGCCAUUGAUCACUCAGUGGCGGGCAUCACCGCUGGCGCUGUAGCGACUGUAUGCAUGAAUCCUCUGGAUCUCAUCAAGACGCAGUUCCAAGUGGAUACGACGUCGAGGGCUAAACUCUCUGCCAGGUCGGGAUGGGCGACGAAGAUGCUAGGUGGACAGGUGGCAAAGGACAUGGUAGGCGCACUACGCCGCAUCGUGCAACAAGGUGGCUGGACGGGUCUCUAUCGCGGCCUCAGCCCAAAUGUAGUGGGUAAUUCGGCCAGUUGGGGGCUUUACUUCUUGUGGUAUACCAUGAUCAAGGAGAGAAUGGCAGCCAGGGCAUACGAAGCCAGCGGCGGAGAUGAUGGGGAGAUCAAGAAGCUUUCUGCAGGUCAACAUCUUUUGGCGGCGAGCGAGAGUGGAGCCAUCACGGCUCUCAUGACGAAUCCAAUUUGGGUCGUCAAGACGAGAAUGUUCACCACGACGAGAGCAGGGGGUACCGCAGCUGCAUCAAAUACACCGAUACCACCUGCACCGUCAAUACAGGUAGCCUCUUCACCAUCUUCGGCAGCAGCGGCGUCAGAUGCCAGUCCGUAUCGCACCUUGCGCUCUUCCCUCGUUCACAUCUACCGCAACGAGGGAUUUAGAGGACUCUACAAAGGGACGGGGCUUGCACUGUUUGGAGUCAGCAACGGCGCCAUUCAGUUUAUGGCCUACGAGCAGCUCAAGCGACACCGCAGCAAUGUAGCAUUGAAAAAGAGGGGAGGGACGGCGUCGGCGGCUGACUUGGGCGCAGAAGGUCAAGUCAAGCUCAGCAAUGUCGAGUACACGAUCAUCAGCGGCCUGGCUAAGCUAGUAGCCAUUGGCCUCACCUACCCGUACCAAGUCGUUCGCUCGCGCUAUCAAAAUCACGCCACGGCUCACCUCUAUCCCACCGUCACACGGUGUAUCCAGCUUACGUACCGCAAUGAGGGACUCAGCGCCUUCUACAAGGGCAUGAGCGCUAAUCUCGUCCGCAUCCUCCCUGCGACGUGUGUGACAUUUGUCGUCUACGAGAAUGUCAGCUGGACGCUCAAACGAGCCGCAGACUCGAGACGCCGAGCUGAAGCCGGCGAAGCCACAGAUCAGCAUUGAGAAAGGCUGGAUCCGGUCCAAGAGGAAUCACCAUCGUCAUCCAUCACUUGCACGCUCGUACGCACGCCACGUAAUACCACAUUGCAAUGACAUUGUCACCAUACACGCACUCCAGCUUUGACCGCUACCAUCUCGAUCUAGUCGCAGCUUCGUGGGCGGAGGUUCGACGAUCAUCGCGACCGUGGCGUGGGCGAGGCGGGUAAUAGUCCCUCGGAGGGGGUGAAGCUGCUCGCGAGUCUUCCCUGCCGUACCUCCGAAUGCUCGUUGGUCCCGAAAGGGGAGCCAGAGGUACAGUCGUUGGUGUUGUGCCAGGGAUAAGGCAUUCGAGAAAGUCUCCCUCCUGGAAGCCAAUGUCGCUGAUCGUCUUGAGGCCGUCCUUGGAUGAAGGGUGCUCGGCAGCUGCUCCCAGAGUGCGCCUUGAGAUGAUACUGAGUUUGUUGACCACAUCGU